AUGCGAAGUCUUCGUUCUUAUCGUUUUCUUGUGAUAUUAUGUUUUACUGUCGGAAUUAGUAUCCUUAUUUAUCGUCUACGUUCAAUAAGCAGAAUAAAAACUGUAGAAUCAUUAAAUAUUUUAUCAAAUAAAAUCGAUGAACGUCUACAUUUACUUUAUCGACAUUUUGGUCACGUUAACAUAUCAAUGUUACUCGAUAGACCAUCUUCAAAUAAAUCACCAUCGAUAACUUAUUUAUGUCGAGAAUGGUGUGGUGGAUGGGGCGAUCGACUUCGUGGUAUUACAUCGACAUUUAUCUUAGCCAUACUUAGUAGACGACGAUUUUAUAUAGAUAUGCCUUAUCCAUGUGAAUUAACAAAAUUUCUAAAACCAAAUCUAUAUGAUUGGCGACCGAUUGAACCUGAAUCACAUCGUAAGCACUUAUAUGUAGAAACUACACGAAAUAAUCAAUUAGCACGAAUACUUUAUGAAAAAAUUUCUUCGACAAAUUUUAUAAACGAUUGGUCUCAAUAUGAGGAUAUUUAUAUAACAACAAACAGUGAUUAUAUAACACCCGUAUUAGCUAAUGAACAUCUACAAAAUUUAGUUAGUUUAUUAAAUUUUUCAUCUUACGAAUCUUCACAAGCUCGUUUAUUUCCACUUAUUUAUGAACUUCUUUUUCUACCAACAAAUCAAGUUAUGAAUUUAGUUGAUCAAUUAUUAAUUAAAUUAAAUGAUGAAAAAAAUUUAAAAAAACAACUUAUUUGUUUACAUAUACGUAUUGGAAGAAAUCCAACAAUGGCUACUGAUAAAAAACUUAUUUAUCGUGAUACAAUGGUUGAAGAUAUUCUUCAAUUUGUCGAUAAAAAUUUAACAAUAAAGAGAAAUUCAAUGAUUUUUAUAACAAGUGAUUCCAUGGAUAUAAAUCAAUAUAUUCUUGAUAAAUAUAAUACAAGUCAAUCAAUGACUAUUCCGGGUCCAAUAAUUCAUAUAGAUCGUUUAUCUCCAUCGUAUUCAUCAAAUGAACAAUGUCAAGGUUUUCUUAAAGUUAUUUCAGAUUUUUAUGUUCUUGGAGAAUGUGAUACAUUAAUUAUGGCUCGAAGUGGUUUUAGUGAAUGGGCAAGUCGACGACGUUAUUUAAUAAAUCAAUUUAAUCAACUCUAUUUAUAUUGUCGAGGUAUUCAUCAAGUAACUGGACAUCAAUGGAAACGACCAUAUAUGAUAUGUUAA